AGGAAGUGGAUUUGGCAUUGCUUCGGGUCUUGUUCGGCGUUUGUUCGGGCCCGAGCCGACUACCGCCCCGCCCGCAGCCAGCCAGCCACAGCAGCCAGCCAGCCAGCCAGCCCAGCAGUCAGUCAGCAGCCUGCAGGACUGCACCGCAGCGGAUCGGCACCGCACUGAAUCGAACCGACGCGAGGUCCGCUUGGAAAACCGGACAGUGUGUUGUGUUGUCGGCCUACAAGUCAUAACAAAAGUUUUCUACCCAAGUUCAAGCCGAAUUAAACCUUAAACCUUGCCGAGCGGAGCAGGAGAUGUAGCAGACGAAGUCGUUGACUACCUAUUAAAUGGGAAUUUUAGAAAAGAAGACAAAGAGAAUGAAGUUACGACUUGUGUGUACCCACAACCCCUUCUUUGUGCUCAAAGGAUUCCAGUAUUCUUGUUAAAAACAACCUAAUUUUUAAAAACCAAUGUAGGGUUGUGGGAACCACACUUGAAAUAGCCGUUUCAUUUUUUUAUAUUAAAAAAAAAACUACUAACUUACUGAGGGGAAAAAAAGCUGCAUUUUAAAAUCAUAGUGCGUGAAGUGAAUUGUGCUUAUUUCGGUUGUGAGCAAAGGAUACGUACCAACGACCGGAUUUUUUAUUUGGAUACCAUCACAACACUCAACGUACCCUAAGAGUUUGGGGUGCCGUGCGACGUGGACCGCUUGUGUGGCGCUCGAGAACAUGACGAACCUGCGUGGGGGCCCCGCACUCGCCAGGAGUGGUGAAGUCUGAUCAGUAGACCGACGGAAGGCGAGGGGAACCGAAGGAUUCUUUCAGCAAUGUAUGUCAGAUAGCAUGGAUUUCCCACUCCCCAGGAAGUUAGGGAGGGAACUACUUGAAUUUGAAAUCAAUCAAACUUAAAGAAAAGCAAGAGGGCGCCUUGGGGCGCCUUUUAAUUUACAACCAUGGACCACAGUGUGAAGGCAAUGGACUCGCACAGCAGGCUCUCAAUUGCACGCUUGCUUAAUAGACACAGGUUUGAGAAUGACGAGUUGGAAAGAUUAUACCGCCGCUAUACCUAUAAGCUUCAACAUUCAUCGGUUUCAAGUGUUGUUGGAUUAUUUAUCAUUCUUACUUUCGUCUUGGCUACAAUCAGUUUGGCUUACGUUCAUGCGCCGUCCGUACAAAACGUGUACCAUGGUGUCCACUGUUUGUUGUUUGUUUUGCUGCUGGCUUUUCUCAGAACGAAACUCAUGCAGGAUGCGUACUUGGUUUGGGUUUGUUACGCUGUUCUCUUCUUUUGUGUAACAUUUUGUGGAGUCUGGCUGCCAUUCGGUCCACUGCCAGAGCACGCUGGCACGGCGCUUUCGACGUCUGUGGGGGGAGGGGGUCUCCGCGUGGACACCCGCCGGGUGGUCGCAGAGGGGGUGUGGCAGGUGGUCUUUGUCACCUUCCUUGCCUACGCCAUGAUGCCUCUCAAGACUUGGGUGUCAACUGCGUUUGGACUGAUAUUGUCGGUGACGCACGUCGCCGUGUCGGCGUCGUUUGCCAGGGAAUUUCCACACCUACUAUGGCAACAGGUUUCUGCAAAUAUCAUUAUCUUUAUUUGUGUGAAUGUGGUUGGAUUGUUCGUCCACAACCUCAUGGAGCAUGCACAACGGAAAGCAUUUCUAGAUACACGAAAUUGCAUAGCUGCUCGUCUUGAAAUGGAAGAUGAGAAUGAAAAACUUGAGCGACUUCUAUUGUCAGUCUUGCCACAGCACGUUGCUGUGGAAAUGAAAAAGGAUAUAAUGAGCCCUAUUGAGGGCCAGUUUCAUAGAAUUUACAUUCAGAGGCAUGAAAAUGUCAGUAUUUUAUUUGCUGAUAUUGUUGGUUUCACUGUUUUGGCCUCACAGUGCACAGCUCAGGAUUUAGUUCGACUUUUGAAUGAAUUAUUUGGACGAUUUGAUCAAUUAGCCAAUGAUAACCAUUGUCUUCGGAUAAAGAUCCUUGGAGACUGUUAUUACUGUGUAUCUGGUUUACCUGAACCUCGCUCAGACCAUGCCCAUUGUGCUGUUGAAAUGGGCUUAGAUAUGAUUGAUGCAAUUGCGUCAGUAGUUGAAGCAACUGAUGUUCAAUUGAAUAUGCGUGUUGGAAUUCACACCGGAAGAGUAUUAUGUGGUGUAUUAGGCUUAAAGAAAUGGCAGUAUGAUGUCUGGUCAAAUGAUGUAACAAUAGCCAAUAACAUGGAGGCUGGUGGAGAAGCUGGACGAGUACACAUCACCCAAGCAUCACUGGACUGUUUGGCUGGACAAUAUGAAGUAGAGGAUGGCAGAGGAGGAGAAAGAAAUCAGUACCUUCAUGACAACCAAGUUAAAACAUACUUCAUUGUACCUCCUGAAAGACGAAAAAAGCCAUUAUUGUUCAACACUCUCCAGGUGCGGUCUGCUCUGGGCGCAGCUCAGCGGAAGAAACUGUCUUUCCGAAAUGUCUCCAAUGUGGUCGUACAGCUGUUGCAUACCAUAAAAUUUUCGAUGGAGGUUCCCUUCUCGAAUAUGGCGGCAGGCGGGGGUCCAGGAGAGCUGAAAGUGAAUGCAGCGCGUAAGGUCCUAGACCUGCAGAGGGCCUUACAUGCUGACCCCUCUGCUGCGGGAGGUCGAGCGUUCGGAGGCUCCAACACACUUGACCUCAGAGACAUUGGUGGAAAGAAAAAGGUUACUGAAAAGUUUAAAAGACCUUUCAAGAAGAGACAUUCUAGUGUUUAUCAUCAACCAUCAAAUCGAGUAAAUAAGUAUCUUGCUCAAGCAAUUGAUGCACGCAGUGUGGAUAGAGAGAAGUCAAUUCAUGUCAAUUUGUUGACAUUGUACUUCAAAGACUCUGCCAAGGAACAUCUUUACCACAAAGAUGUUGAUCUUGGAUUCUCAAGUGGACUGGCGUGUGGGCUUGUACUCCUCUUACUUCUUGGUGCCCUUCAAAUUGCUGUCCUUCCAAGGACAUUGAUUGUGCUGCUUCUCUUCCUCCUGACAUUUGUCUGGAUCUCUGUUGUAUUAAUGUUACUGUUAGCAGUUCGCCUCCGAUGGAUCACUCAUAGACUAGACAUCUCUCGUAGCUUUGUGUUACGGGUUGCUAUCACUGUAUUUACAAUUGUAUUGGUAUACUCUGUGGCUCAGGCUAAUGCUUUUACCUGCCAUUACGAUGCUCCCUGCAUCCUCCAUUCCUCUGCCAAUGUUACUUUAGAAAAUGGAGGACUGACAGCAGUGGGAUUAGGCAGUGCUGUGGGACUGGAUAGAAAUCACCGUGCUUGCCCAAUACCACACUACAUUGCGCUCUCAUGUUCUCUGGGUUGUCUGGCAGUUGCGCUAUUCUUACGGUUACCCAUUAUGAUCAAGGGAGUACUGUUAUCUCUGAUGGGAUUGAUUUACAUGCUGCUUGUAGUACUGUCCCAUCCAGAAGUAUUUACAUGCUAUGAUCAAAGAGUUCAUGCUGUGAUCCCUCAAGACCAACUUAGCAUUGUGUAUGUGUUCAUGUUUCUAUUCGCUGUUAUUAUUCAUGGAAGACAAAUUGAAUGGACUGCAAGACUCGACUUCCUCUGGCAAAUUCAGGCCAAUGAAGAAAAAGGAGAGAUGGAUGCAUUGCAAAGUAGCAAUAGGCGAAUUUUAUUUAACCUACUUCCUGAUCAUGUUGCCCUACACUUUUUAAACAAUCAGCUGCGUAGCAAUAUGAGCACUCUGUCUCAGGAGCUGUACCAUCAGAGCUACUCCCGUGUGGGUGUUGUCUUUGCAUCCAUCACCAACUAUCACGAAUUCUAUAUAGAGCUUGAUGGAAACAAUCAAGGAAUGGAAUGUCUUCGCCUUUUAAAUGAAAUAAUUGCCGAUUUUGAUCAGUUAUUGGAAGAUCCACGCUUUAAAGCUAUUGACAAGAUUAAAACAGUGGGCUCAACUUAUAUGGCAGCUGUUGGUCUUUUACCUGAGCACCGCAUUUUAGAUGAUGAUGAGGAAUCAAGUGCUGGUCUACAUAUGGGCUCUCUCGUUGAAUUUGUGUUUGCUAUGCGUGAUACUCUUUUAAACAUCAAUAAUAAUUCAUUCAAUAACUUCAAGCUGAGAGUUGGUAUCAAUGUUGGUCCAGUUGUUGCGGGAGUUAUUGGUGCUAGGAAACCUCAGUAUGAUAUUUGGGGCAAUACUGUAAAUGUUGCAAGCCGUAUGGAUUCUACUGGGGAACCUGAUCGAACUCAGGUCACUGAGGAGGUUUUCCAAAUACUGCGUAAUCAGCCUUAUCAGUUCCAAUGUCGUGGUGUAGUGAAAGUUAAAGGAAAAGGAGAUAUGACAACUUAUUUCCUCAAUGAUAGGAAACCCCCAGGAACUAUUCGUAUUGAUGAAUUACCAGGUCUCCGAGGGCAAGCUGGGUUAGUGGCCAAUAUGUAUGGUGGAGUUGCUACACCUCUUGCCCUCUUACAUCAAAUUCAAGGUGACAUAUCUCGUGGUAAAUGUCAUAGAAGAGAUGAUGCUAAUGUCAUGCUCCCUAAUUGUUACCGCAACAAUUCUCGCCUCCCACCACUUCGAGAGGCUAUUCAAGGAUCGGGUAGUAGAAAUGGAAGUGUAGGGGGCAAUGGUGGCCCAGAAAAUGGUUUUGGGAAUGCUGAAAAUGAACCUUUAUUGCCUGAUCCAAAAUUUGGUCACAACUAUCAGCAACCCAUGAAAAUGCCUGGUUCUUACCCUAAUAACCAUCACAACCAUCAAAGUAGUAGUGCAAGCCAUAUGAAUCAUAUGAAUCAUGUUAGUCAUGUCAAUGGAAGGGCCAAAAGAUCUUCUCUAGAGCGAGAGCGAGAAGCAGCAGAUGUCAUGGCUCAUCAUGGACAACCACCCCCACUGCCACCUCAUAAAGGAAUUUCUCACAUGCAAUUUCCCUCUGCCCCUAGUGCAUCUGUACUGACUCCAGCAAAGAGACAUCAACAACCUCACCAGGAACCAGCAAGAUAUACUCCUCCCUGGCCAAGAGGAAGUGAUUCCAGCAGUUCUGGUCGUCAUCUUUUCACCAGCAACUCAAAUCACACUAAUAACAACCAUGGCAAUAAUGUGGCUUCUAAUGACAUCUUAAGCAAACCAUAUGUGAAGCCUCUUCCUCGACCACCUGGUAAAGAUGGAAGACACCAUCGCAGCAGGGGACACAAUUCUCACAGUAACAGUGGGAAUGCCCCUCCCUUACCUCCUCACCAGGGAAUUCACCCAGCAUUAAGAAGUGAUCGUGAACGUGUAACUGCUGAAGAAAUCAAUCCCCGUUCAAAGCAUAGGCCAACUCACAAUCCCCCUCAGUUGCAGAGGCAUUAUUCAGAUGAGAGCUUGCAAGGUACAUCUGCUAUUGCAAAUGGGUUUUACUUCCCCAGCCCUGCUGCUCACAGAAUUCACUCUUCAGCUGAUGAGAUUAGCUCACUCAACCACUCACCAAGUAUUAGUUCAUCUGAUGAAAGCUACAGUCGAACAACUGAUGCUAGCCCUUCUCCAUCUCCUCCACCUGGCAAUCCAGGAUUAAGUAGUGAACCUCCAGAAAGGUGGCUUUAUCCAUCUGACAUCCAAGUAAAUCCUUGUUCUUCACCUGAGCACUCACCAAGAGCUGCUCACGAUUACAUUCCUCCUCAGUGUCUUAUAUCAAGCAGUCAGAAUAAUAAUUCUGAUGAAGGUAGAGGUGCUUCUCGAGGCUCUGGAGGUAGGCGUGAAUGGAACGCCUCUCCUCAAAGACACCGAAGUAAUGGAUCAUCUGGUGCCAGACGAAAAGCUGGCGAUAAAUUACAUCCAGCCACACUAUUAGCCUUAGCCCAGGGAGCUGUUGAUUCAUCCUGUGUAUCUAGUCCUCUACCCCCACUCUUAGAUGGCGACGAUUCAUAUAGGGGAGACAGUUGUGGCAGUUUUGAGUAUAUUGGAAGGCAAGAAGCACUGCGACAUGCUAUAGAAUCAAAACAACCAAGUAGAGCAAUGAAAAAGACAUUAUCUCCUUUGAAUGUAGAAAAUGGUGUUCGAAAUGGCUUUUCAGAUGAUCAUGGAUCGCCUGAUGAAAGCAGGAGAACCCCUAGUAAAUUGAGCCUGCCCAAACAUUCUCCUAACGUUGAAGGUUCUGAGAGAGAAUCAGAAAACAAUGAAGAAAAUCACUCUCACUCCCACUCAAGAUCCACGUCUAGUGGCAAAUCAUCAAAGAAAGAUGGCUUUAGUCAAACUGAUCGAAAGGAUGUUGGAGGUUCUGGCCGCCAUCACAAUCAUCAUCAUAACCAUCAUGGACAUCAUGGACACCAUCACCGUAAAGAUACUACUGAUGGAGCUGGAGAUGGACACCCUAUUGAAUCUCGCCGAGGUCAUCAAACUCGGGCUGAAUUUGAACGUGAAAUUCAAAAACGGUUAGACGAUCCCAAACUGCUUAGGAAUUCCAGUCAAGAAGAGGCUCACUCUAUUACAAGUCCAACAAUAGUGAAUGAGUUAGGUGUAGCAUCACUCAAGAAACAUCAGCAGCAAGUCAACAACUCACCUGCUGGAAUGCUGGGCAGGUAUGUAGCUGAGGCUCCUUUGCCUACUUCUGCCCCUAGUAGUGCCAACAGUACGUUGGCCCAGACACACCACGUUGGCUUAGCAGCCAUACAGGAGCUGGCCAGGCGUCAAGCAGAGGAACUGGAAUUGGAAGAAUUGGCUUCGCCCAAACCCACUGCAUCACCUGCUCCUAUUCUUGCCUUAGGGUCUAAAAGCCCCCUUCAAGAAAAAAUGACUCUUGUUGGUGACCCUGAUGACUCUGAGAGCUCCACUAUAACAGGACUCAGGCUGAGUGCGGACCUCACCUCUCCCCCAAGGAAUCCCAGUGGUGAAACUGUUAAUGAAGGACAAGAAGAAAGGAAGAAAGAUACAGAGAUCCAAGAGAAUAAUGUUAAUGAAGAGGAUAUUGAUGAGAUUGAAAGCUUUGAACGAGAAGAACAACGAAUACAAGAAGAAGUUGAAAGACAGGAGGCUGCUGUUAAGCGAAUGCUUGAAGAGAGUGCCAAGUGUGUUGAGAGGGGUAUUUUCACUACAAAUGGGGCUGGAGGGGAGACAAGUCAAUCUGAAUGGAGUGAGGAUGAUGAUGAAGAAGAUGAAGAUGAUGAUGAUGAUGAAGAUGAAGAUGAUGAAAACGCAGCUUCAGAACCUUUGCUUAAUGACCGAGAAUCCACUGGUUAUACAACUGAUGACCCAGCCUUAGAAAAUGUUUCCAUGUUGAAUGAAACAGGACUAACAGAUGCUGAAGGUGCAUUGAGUGAUGUUAAUUCUGCCUGUGAUGGCCAUGACGACAUGCAUGAUGGAGAUGAUAAUACUAGUCUUUCAUCGCGGGCCUCUUCACGUGUGUUUGACUCUGAUGCUCUCAUGAGUCUGGAUUCUAUGAGUGUAUUGUACGACUCUGAAUAUGAUAAUUGCUGCAGAACCGAUGAUGACCUAGGAAUUCCCCCCACACCAAUGCAGCACAUUCAUGCCGCUAGUAUAAGAUCUGUUUCGCAGAGUAUCAUGCGUAAUUUUGGACAGCCUCGUAGUGAGACUGAUAGUGAUGUGUGAAUUAUGUCAAAUAUUUUAAAUAAUAUGCUCUCUUUGAAGAGAUGAUAUCUACAUUGAGCAUUCUUGUAAGAGGCUCAUUUCGAUGUGAUAGUUUGAUUGUAUUUUAAUCUAGUGCCAUUCCGCAAGUUAUAAAUGUCUAGCAAUUCUCAAUUUUGAAAUAAUUUUCUUGCGGAUUAUAUUACGGUGAGUUUGCUUUCCACCAUGAAAUCAAGUUUAAGUUUGUCAAUUAUUAGGUCUGACACUCACUCAUGUAAGAAAACAGAUGAAGGAAAUUGUUGCUAGUGAUUGUUGACCGUAGCUUGUUUUUUUACUUCAGAUGUAGUGCACAGGCCAAUUCUUAAUUUUGUUGUGAUGAUUAUUCAGUAUUUUUUGUAUGAGAUGGCAUUAGUUUAAUACCUGAACCAUUUCUCUAUUUUAAUUUUCUUUUGUUUGUCCAUCAAACUAGAUGGAAGGAUAAUUUUUAUUUUGUUCUUGUUUUCUUUUUCUUUUUAAAUAAGAAUCUAAUGUGUUUUUAACAAAUUUUUUUCUAUCAGGAUCUUAUAUUGACAUUAUUUUCAUAUGUGUUUCAAUUUUAAAUGUACUUUAUGAAAGAACAUGCUUCUUUUGUAGUGAUUCUAGUCUGUUUUUUUUCUUCUUCUAAUCAUGGGCAUUCUAUACUCAUUCUGUGAAUUGGGUUCAUCUAUGUGGUAUACUGCUUCUGCAUACACUGGGAUAUUUUCUUGCCAUUGAUUACAGUACAUUGUGAGGCCUGUUUUAUGUACAACAAUUUUAAAGAACCAGUUUUUGGGAGCGCUGUUAAUGAAGGUAGGACUCUAUUUUUAAUCUUUAUUUUUUAAUCAGAGAUGUAAGGUGCUCUGUCCUAAUACAUAUGUUCACAUUCUGAAUACCAUGUUCUAAUUCCCAUUUUAGUUUUUUUUUCUAGAGGCUUUCUAUCCUUUAAGAGUUUUCUUUUUGUUAAACAGAGAGUAAUGUUUUUUGUCUCUUUUACUCAUAACCACAAUGCCAAAGCAUUUUGUUGAUAUGUACCUCAAGUAACCUCAGCUUGUGUAGCCUUUUUCAAAACCCAGGAACUUAGUUUCAGUUUCCUGUAUGUACAUUUGUAAUUACUCAUGUUAAUAUGUACAUGAACAAAUAUGUGAUGGAUUUUAUUGGACCUAAUUGUAAUCAUUGUUCAGAUUUUUGUUUGCAGUUUCAUGUAAUUUUAAUCGAAGAUUUUUGUUUGCUGGAUGGAUUUUAGAGACUAUCUGUAGACUUAAUUGAUAAAAAGUAUGUCCAUUGAAUACAAGUCCAAAGUAAAAAGAUUCUUGGUCCACGUUUGUUUCAAAUUUGGCUACUGCAUCCAUUGAAAUUUCAUACCGAUGGUUUGAUGAAUUUAUCUAUCUAGCCCCGCUACUAACCUUAAUUGCCAAACUGUAGGACCAGAGGUCGCACCAUGUCAAUUAUAUAUUAAUGAAAAGGUGCUUGGCUUACUAAGAGUAGGUACAAGACAGUUUGUCCUGAACUCCCCUGCCCCCCUUUUUCAAAAAAAUCGCUCCUGCAGUUUACCAGAAUCUCUAGGUAAUAAACUUUGGAAGUUAAGUUAAAGCACUGAUAUUUAUUAUCUUAGUCAAGUAAGUCUUGCUUGAUUGUAUGAGACUAAUCUCCAUAGUGUACUGCUUUCAGAGACUGAGGAGGAACAAAUCUUUGCUAGUAAGUAUUUUUUAAGAAAAUCUCAUGUGGCCUGUUUUUGAAGUGAGCUUUUGCUCACACUCUGAGGGUUCUUCAAUAUUGAAUGAACCUUUCUGUUAAGUCCAUCUGCUUGACCGUCUUGUUUUACCAACUUUUUUUGUUAAAUGAACAUAACUGUCAUUUGGGAUCAGUCUACCAAUAGUGUUUACCAUGAUAAGAAAAGUAUGUUAUUGCCAAAUUCUUUCACAUCUGGAAAACUUUGGAUUAGUCUUUUGCAUUGAUAACUUGAAAUGGUAAGGUUUCCUGACUGUAAGAUUUUAUCAAACUGAAAGGGUGUUGUUUUGUCAGUAAAAUGCUCUAUUUUGAGCUUUUUUAAACAUUGUUUCUGAAGGCAAUGUGUAGCUAGCAUGUUUGGUAAUUUUAGAAUGCUUUUUUUAUUUGUCUGUAUGUUUAAACUACAAAUUCUCUCCUUUUUUUUUAAUCUGUCAAUUUUUUAUUUUUUUUUAAAUGAACUGUAAUAUUAAAUUUGUUUUUAUUCAAGGAUAGCAGAUUUGCACCUGACUAAUCCAUGUGAAAUGUAUGAAACAGUGUUGGUGACAUGUCUAUCAAAUACAGCCCAUCAGUAUUUCCAGUUUUAAUUUUGACAUCUCUAAGAAAAUAAUUGUUUAUACUUGACGUAAAGUUUUGUGUUGUGACUGUUUGAGAGGUGGCUACUUUUUGACUACGAAAUGUUCAUCCCAUUGACUUAAUGAAAAUAUUUCUCUAUGUUUUGCUUGGUUUACUUCUAAUGCAAUUUGUAUUCACUCUCUGUUUCUCAUUACAUUUACAGUGUUGUCCAUUUGUAGAUGUUAUAAACGCAUAAUAUUGAGAGAAAUGUUUAUGUGUUGUUUGCACUGAGGCUGUUAGUUAUCUGUAAAUGCUCGGUUUAGUUCUCAAUUUGUAGCUAUGUACAUAAGUGUGGCUAUGCUCUGCCAAGAAUAAAGUUGAUAACUAAUUA